AGACUGGUUCCGCGACAGCAUUACAACGAUAUAGAUCCCGUAUGCACAGGGAACAGGUCCAAAAUAUUUAGCAUCGGGGAAAACACGGAAAAUCGUGCAAAAUGAACACCGUUUUAUCGCGAGCUAACACAAUUUUCGCCUUUACGCUCAGCGUACUGGCAGCCUUGACGUUUUGCUGCUUUCUGACGACAGCCUUCGAUAGCAAUAUUGCCCCAUUUUACGUGGAAACAGCAAAACAUCUGGUGAAGAACACCUACACUCAGCAUGGAGAGAAGGUCGACCGAGGCCAUAUAACCUUUGACCUGACCUCUGACCUUGAUCCAUUAUUCAGUUGGAACACCAAGCAGCUAUUUAUUUACCUCAUGGUGGAAUACAAAACACCACAAAAUAAACUAAACCAGGUGGUGCUAUGGGAUAAGAUCAUCGUGCGAGGUGGCAAAGCGAAUCUGGACCUCAAAAAUAUGAACCUGAAAUAUCCCUUUUAUGAUGAUGGCAACGGUUUAAAAGGUCAUGAAAACAUCACAAUGACGCUGAAUUGGAAUGUCGUUCCUGGCGCAGGGUUGCUACCGAGGAUAGCUGGCGAUGGCAGACAUGUCUUUACAUUCCCCAACGAAUACAGUACAAAGAGAAUAUAGGGAACCGCUAGCACCUUAAAUUGUGCCUAAUUUUUAAAAUACAGGGUGGUGCAAAAAGAAGGAACCCACUUUUGACAGGGAU